CCAAAGUUUAUGUACUCGCUCUGGCAGAUACGGCGUUUAGACGACCCAGUUCCGGCCGCCGCGGUGCUCCGAGCCUCCGACGGCCGCUGUGGCCCUGUGGCGGGCGGAAGCACCCUCGGGCACUAGCCUUCUGUUUCUCCUCUUCGCGGCUGACCUGCAAAGAAUCCCCGAAAAAGAGUUGAGGAGAGUGUACGAGUUGGGUAAAGCAGAGGAAGAGAUGGUCUGGGUGUUGGACCCCGUCGACACAGUGCGCGGGAUUCAGAAGCGUUACAUCUUCGCUGCCGGGACGUACAAGGUCGGCCGCAAAGAUUGUGAUGUCAUUGUUCAAACUGACACAUCUAUAUCCCGAGUCCAUGCGGAGAUUGCAAUUGAAAAGAUGGUUGCCUGGGAUCCACAUUCUGGUGCACCUGCCAGUCCAUCAUUUGUUCGUGUAAUCGACCGAUCAAAGUAUGGCACAUUUGUCAACAAAGUACAUGGAACCCAGGGCAGCCGUCUGCAUAAAGAUGAAGAUAUGAUGCUUACUGAUGGGGAUGCUGUGACGUUUGGAACUGGUUGUCAUUUGUUCCCAUAGUGGUUUUUUUUCAUGGCGCAAAAUCGACACGAAUUGAUCCAUCAUUACAUGCAGUCAUGAAAUCUAUUGGUGCAUAUGCUACUCGUAAGUGGAGCAAUGAAUGUACACAUGUUCUUGUUGACGGAUCAUGUUCGUUGACACCUGAGCUCCUCGAUGCAGUUAUGGCAAAGAAGCAGAUCAUGUUGGGAGACUGGUUUGAGGCAAUGGCUGAAAAGAACAUACACACAGAGAUCCCUUCUUGUACACAAUACAUUCCAAACUUGACUCUAGAUGGGAUGGUGAUCAAAAUGGUGGAUAUCAACCUCAUUCAGAAUUUCCUAGAAGGCUAUACUUUUAUCCUGGGGUCAUCAGAUAAAUAUCAAUUUGGUGAGAAGCUCCAUGGAUUACUGGAAUCAACUGGAGCAAAAUACGUGCACAUUGACGACUUUUGUGCAAACAGCCAGGACUCAGCAGCUGGAGACACUGAUCAUCAAAUUCUUGUAGUUCCUGCACGAUAUCCAUUGGAAUUCAGCAAGAUACGUGUGCUGUUUACUUUGUCAAAGAUCAGUGAUAUUAAGCUAUUUGCAGCUAUAUUGUCUGGCCGCCUGGAAGCAACUUCUAUUGAACCACCUGCUUUCAUCGUUACAUCCUCGAAUUCCACGGAUGCCACUAUUGUGGCGGAUUCGGAUGUUGAAAUGGAGACAGCAACUUCUAAUCCUACUGGUGCUGCCAACAAGUCUCAACAUCACACCGAGAAUAUCUCUGACGAUGAAAAACAAACCACAAAUAUAACCAACGAAGUUGCAAGGAAGGGUAACGUUAUUCACCCAAAACACCCAGAGAGCGUUGAAGAUUUGAAACCGAUGGAGGAGGAUGUGAAGGUCAUAGAGAAAACAGCAACGUACAGGUCCACGGGUAGAGACGAGGAUGCUCGCAUUCUAAGCAAGGCGCCAAAGGAUGAAAAAUUAGACACCAGCAGGGAUGGGGCUUCUGAUGUCAUAUUUAGUCAGAAUCUGGUCGUCAGAAGAAGCCUCCCCCAGUCAGCUCCUGCCGCACCAGCAGAAAUCGGAGGCGUUAACUUCAAGCGCUUCAGGAAGAGGGAAAUGGUGUCUGGAAACAGCUUCAAGGACCUCAUUCCGUUUGCGCGGGAACCAUACAGAGAGUCGGACCACGAACGUGGCAGCACGAUGACCGAUUUCAUGCGGGAGGAGAAGCGGCAGAAACAAAUGGAGGCCAUUGCGGAGGAUCUCUUCAACAACGCAAAGUCCAAGAAAAGAGCAGCCGCUGGAAGUUCGAUUCACACCCUACUCACCGGCCACAGAUGAUGAGAGCCAGGCAGGCAGCAGGAGAUCACCUCUAUAUGCGAUCUGCAUGCUCAUCUGUUAGCCACGGCGUUAGAAGCCGAAUUAGUGUAGGACGGCUGUCGGAUAUGGAUUGUACCUGAGGUCAUGUUAGAUAUGAAUGGUUCUGAGGGAAAUAUUAGCUGUGAUUUUGGCAUUACGCGUCGGGCAAGUUUAGCGUUAGUCUAGAAUUUGACCAAACAAGAGGAUUUUCUCCGGUUGGAUGUUGCGAGCACGAGGGUUUUCUUGGGUUGAAUGUUGCAUGGUUAGUUCACCAAGGGCUAGUUUGACAACCCCAUUUUACAACGGAACGCUACACCUACGAGAUUAUGAUGUUUGAUGUGUUCAGCAGCC